AUGAUACCUGUUGUCGAGGCCAUUGGCGCUCGACAGCUGCUUCCGCUCCCUCUCUGCUCCCUUCCUCGCGGUAUCCCCUCACGAGUUUUGUCGGCUCGCAUGCGAAGAGUCCCUCGACAAUAUCGUCUUUGGUCCACGGCAGCCCCUGCAAGAAGACCAUCCGCCCUCCGAACCCAGCCGAGUCUCUCGACGAGGGCGCUGUCCCAAUCCCACUACCUCGAAGCCGCGAUUGCGCCCGUGAAGGAGAAGUAUGCCGAGUCUCCCGGGGUCCACCUUGCGCAUGUGCUCAAGGCGGUCCAGUCGCAGGAUACAAACACCAUCUUGAGGGGCGUCGUUGCACUUGCACGCCAUCCACAGCCGAUCGAGGUUGCCGAAGCAUUACAAAAGCUUUCGCCCACUGCAUUUUCCGAGAUUGUGCGGUCUCUGGACCCUUCCCGAGUCGGACCCAGGAGCGACGCGACCCACGGUCUGCGCAUCCAGAGUGGCCUUGGCCAGUUCAGCUCUGUCGCGUCCGUUGCAGACCAAUAUGGUGUUCGAAAGAUCUACAGGAACGCCUUCAACGCAUUGCGCUCUCUGUUUGACCUGCGGUCCUACCAAGGCAGCGACCCCUCGCGAGCAGACUACGUCGUUCUUUUGCGAUGCGCCGGAGCUGCUUCUGAUUUCGAGGCGGCCAAGGGAAUCUGGCACGGGGAAAUGAAGGGCGACGUCGUUGGCAAUCCCAGAGACGGUUUGGUCUUUGCCGAGUACUUCAAAACCCGGUUCCUCACGGACCCGACCUACACCCAGAAUGAUCUGGCUAGGUUCCGGUUACGCCCGCGCAACAUGGCCAGACGCAGAAAGGGAUUCGCCGAAACCCGAUUGCUUUGGCCACUCGAGAAAUUGCGGUUGAGUAUUGCUUCACACAAGCGAGACAGCUUCGGCCGCGCUCGCUGGCUGCCGACCCACGACAUGCACCGUCUUCUUAGUCUGCCCGCACCUGUGAGACGGCUCCGACGCUAUAUCCAGAGAGAGCGAAAGGUGGUGGACGAGGAGUUUUACUGCGCGUAUCUGUUGGCAAGCGCGCGUGCGGGCUCAUUCCGGGAUAUGAUCGGACUUCUCUGGCGGACAUGGAAGAUCAAGAUCACGGACUUGCAGGAUCAUCGAGCAGCACAAAUCGUCGGUGGCGUUCAGAGGAGAAACUUGAACCCAUUACUGCAGCCGACGGAGCGUCUGAUCCACGCUAUCGUGCAAUCGUUCGGAUGUAGCGGUCACGUUAUUCUUGCCCAAAAGCUGAUUAUGUACAUCUCUCAGCGAUGGCAAAUCCCGAUACCGCAAAGCUCCUGGUCCUCGCUCCUCGAAUGGACUUAUAUACUGUCUUCUGCACCCGCCAACAGGGAAUGGAGAAUAAUGGGCGACACCAACAGAAUGAUUCGCGCGGAUGAGGUGCUCUCAUUGUGGGAGACCAUGCGGGGCGAGCCUUUUAUGGCGGAAGUCGGCCUUCACGAGAUAGAUAUCUACGUCAAAUCGUUGAUCAGUGCCGGAAGGCUCGACGAGGCUUGGGAGGCCAUUAAGCACCGCCGUACCGAGUACGAUUCGCUGUGUGAAGAGGUCGAGGAAGCGCUGUUCGAAUCGCUGUAUCCCUCGCCUCCGCCGAGCUCUAUUGCUCGCCAUCUACGUCUCAAGACCAGGAAGCACAUGAUGUGGUACACCAUCCAGCGCUGGUGCCAGCAGUGGCUUCGCCGGACGAGCAAAAGCUUGCGACACCGGCCACAUCUUUCCCCCCAGAUCAUCCCUCACUUCGUCGGCGACUUCUACCGCUUUCUGCCGGAUCCGAUUACCUACACAACGAACGGGGGAACCGUGAGGAUCGCAAACACGGAGACGAAUCAGAAGACCAGAUGGGUGAAGCGUCUCGUCCCUGGUGCGCCAACGCAACGACUGGCCCCGGACCCGAGCCGUGUGAAGUACGCCAACUCUGACGGCGUGACUAAGCCCGAGGACCUGAUCCCCGUGAUGACCCUGUCGGGCGAGCCGGCGUACGAGAGCAUGCCGAUUACCAUUCGACACGCCACAAGAAGGAUGGUCCGCCAACGGCGACAGUUGAGGUUCGGGGAGGACGAGCGGUUUCUGCGUAGCGGGAAGGCCAUGGUGCAGAACGACUCAAGGGAGGAGGAAGUGGGCAUUAACAUGGACACGGACACGGCCACGGCCGAGACCGACAUCAAGGAGCUGGACAAGAAGGCGGUUUUGAAGGCCCUUGUAUGGUAA